CUCACCUGUCAUCUAGGUCGAAAAUUUUGUUUAUGCCAAAUCACGAAUAAAUUUUUAAGUUAACAAAAAUAUAUAUACAUACAAUGGCUGGUUCUGCUUUGAGGCGUCUGAUGGCUGAGUACAAACAGUUAACUCUGAAUCCCCCAGAAGGUAUCAUUGCUGGUCCUGUAAGUGAAGAGAACUUCUUUGAAUGGGAGGCUUUGAUAACAGGUCCUGAAGGAACAUGUUUCGAAGGAGGUGUCUUUCCAGCCAAAUUAGUGUUUCCAUCAGACUACCCGCUGAGUCCUCCAAAGAUGCAAUUCACAUGUGAAAUGUUUCAUCCAAAUAUUUAUGCUGAUGGAAGAGUUUGUAUAUCGAUACUACAUGCUCCAGGUGAUGACCCCAUGGGUUAUGAAAGUAGUGCAGAAAGGUGGUCUCCUGUACAAAGUGUUGAAAAGAUAUUACUUUCUGUUGUCAGUAUGUUAGCAGAACCUAAUGAUGAAAGUGGAGCGAAUGUGGAUGCUGCAAAAAUGUGGAGAGAAGAUAGAAAUGAAUUUAACAAAAUAGCCGAACGAAUAGUUAGAAAAACUUUGGGGAUACCCGUGUGAAAUCUGAAUUUAUGAGCACCAUAUUAUUUAUACAAUGGACAAAAUGGUUUAAGGGGGCUAAGCGAAAUGAAAUUGAGAGUACAUAAUGAAAUUAUGUAAAUAUUUUCACAUAUGGAUAAAAGAAGUAUAAUGA